AUGCUAUUGGCCUUCUGUUAUAAUAUAGGGCCUGUCAUGUCGCGCCUUCUGCUUUUAAUUACGCUGGUCACAACUUUGGUAGUGUGUGAACCUUAUGAAGCAUUUCCUGUAUCGACGCAAUUUCCAGCCGUUGCUCGUGUUGGACAGCCUUUCAGUUGGCAACUUUCAAAUGAUACUUUUAAAUCUAAGAAUGGCAUCUCGCAGAUAAUCUACGAGACUUUUGAUCGGCCAGAUUGGCUAUUUUGGGACAGCGAGAAACGCAUACUAAGUGGUACUGUUGGACCGGAGUUUCUGGACGGUGAGGAUGUUAAGUACUUUACUUUUACUCUACAAGGCACUGACGAGUCUGAUCAGCAGACUUUGGUUAAGUCUUACCAGCUGGUAGCAACUAGGAAUCCUGGACCGCAGUUGAACAGCACGUUCGACCUCCUCCAAGUUUUGAGAACCCAUGGGCCAACCAACGGUAAGGAUGCUUUGAAGUUGGCUUCUGGUGACAAGUUUGAUUUGUCUUUUGACAAGAAUAUAUUUGUAGCUGAAACUGACGCAGCGCAGCCUAAAGCUUUCUACGGACGUUCUACCCUAUAUCAUGCUCCUUUGCCAUCAUGGUUGAGAUUUGACGAGAGUGGGUUGAAGUUUAGUGGUGUUGCUCCUGCUGUCAAUUCCGAUAUUGCGCCAGAAUUGGAUUAUUCUUUUACUUUAAUUGCAUCCGAUCUCGAAGGGUUUGCUGGGGUUGAGCUUAAGUUCGAAUUGAGUGUGGGGGCACAUCAGCUUACUACUAAACUGUUAAAUACACUUGCUAUUGACGUUGCUGAAGAUGGCUCGUUUAGCUACCCAGUUCCUUUUGAGAAUGUGUACUUGGAUAGCAACCCCAUCCAAGAUUCUGAUAUUAGGUUAGUACAACUUGAGAAUGCUCCAUCUUGGGUGAAAUACGAUGACCAUAAGCUCAUGGGCAAAAUUCCUGAUGAAUCUACAGAAGCAAGUUUUUCCAUAUCGAUUUAUGAUCAAUACUCUAACGUUGUCUAUAUGGACUUUUCUGUGAAAGCGAAGCAGGAAAUAUUUGCAACAAGCUUAAUACCAGACGUGAAUGCCACUAGAGGAUCUUGGUUUGAAUAUUAUUUAUCCCCAUCGCAAUUCAAGAACAGGCAAGAAACUAAAGUUUUGGCUGAAUAUUCUGACGCUACUUGGUUAAGUUUCCAGGAUGCUAACAUGACCUUCCACGGAAUGGUACCGCAGAACUUCACAAAUAUAGUAGUGCAACUACGUGCGGAAAGAAAUGGUAUACAGCAAUCAUUGAACUUCAACAUAAAAGGCGUAAACGGUCCUGAUGAAACUCAAGUUUCAAUUGUCCAAAGUCCUCCAACUACAGUACCUAAACCCGAGACUAAAACUUCUAAUAUUGGUCAUACAAUUGCAAUUGCAUGUAGUAUCACAAUCCCAGCGGUCCUUAUAUUGCUGUUUGUUCUCUUGAUGCUAUUGAGACGAUCGAAGGCUAAGGAUAAAAGGAAUGCGGGUGAUGUUGAGAAAGACAGGAAGCCUAUAAGUUCACCGAAACUUGGAAACCCAGCGAAUCAUCCAAACCCCUUUCUUGACACUUACCCUGAGAGCCUACCUUCUAACGAGAAAGCUGUAAAUCCUUUUUCAGAUGAGGCCAACUCAAUCGAAAGCGCUAAAAAAAUGGCCAUGCUAGAUGCCAUGUAUUUAGAAGUCAAUUCCUCUGGAAGUUCUCUCAACUAUGAGAAAACUGAAUAUGGUAACGGUGGCGUAGCUCCAGUUCCACAAAGUGGGUCUGAUUCAACUACAACUACAGUUAUGGUAACCCCCGGAAGUAGUCAACUUGACAGCGCAAGUGGGUUGGGAGACCAGCAAAAGUCAACAAUGUACUAUAAUGACGAACCUUCAAAGCGCAAGUCAUGGAGAUGCCCAUCUCAUAUGUCCAAACAAAAUAAUGGGCUUCAAAAGAAUCUAUCUGGACCAAGAGAUAGCUAUAUGUCUCUACAAACAGUAACCACUGCAGAUUUAUUAAACACAGAAAUUGAAUCUACUAACGUUUUAGUACAUGAUCCUAAUAAGUCUACAUUGCCAUCAAGGGAUUCUGUGUUUGUCACAGCACAGAAUAGACAAUAUAGGCAAUUGCCAAGUAGUCCUAUUACACGUACACCACUAAUCGAGGUGCACGAUAGUAAAAAUUACAAUACUGACACAGAUAUUUGCGACCUGCGAAUCUCCAGCAGUAGCGGUGGUUCCGAUUUUAUUCCUGUAAAAGAGGGUGACACUUACCAGUUUACGCCUAAAGAGAGCCAUGACGGAUUCUCAGGCAGGCCGUCUAACACAGGCAAGCGUAACACCAAACGGUUGGUGAAUUUGGUUAAUAGAGGUGGUGUUGAUGUCAAUAACGUUGACUCCAUAGGUCAAGAGCCCGAAAGAGACUAG